GAUUUUUUUACGACUGCGUUUGCUGGAAUAAUCGGAAUUCUUUGGCGGUGUGUCGUUGGAAGUUUUUAUAACUCGGCGCACAGCUGCCGUGGGCACAGUAUAUUCUAAGCAGCAAGCGCGUAUACACGCAUGCGCGGACAAAGUAUGAAAAACAUUUACAAAACCAGCCUAUAAAAGACACCUACGUGCAAAAAAAACGUAUAAAUACAAACGUACAUAUGUAAAUACCACAGCCUACAGGCAACUUGUGUGCACCUGAGACAAUAUUUAAAAAUAAUCCAAAUAAAAAUCAGCACAUUGGCACGCGAUUUUGGGUGCGAGACUUCAGCUGUCAUGCUUGAAUUUCUAUUAAACACCGCUAAGUGAUUGUGGCUAAUGAAUAAAUGAAAAAUUUGAACGUUUAAAGGCGAAAAAGAGAAAAACACCGAAAAUAUUCGAAAAACGUACACAAUUUCAUAGACGAACGUUUGUGAAUUUUCCACUUGAGCGCCUCACACAGCCAGACAUACAAACACACACAUACGCGCGCGCAUUCACCAGCCAAACAAGACAACGCGCCGCUGCAACUUGUGCCACAGUGAUCAAUCAGCAGCAGCCGCAACAGCAGUCGUCGUCGAUAAGCGGCAAUCGCAAACGCGUCCAGUGAAAACUCAGUUGCACAUUUUCCACAUAAAUUUUUUACCGUUGUUUUAGCAAGUUUUGCUUUUUAAUUGCCAGCGCUUUGUUGGGCGCGCGAGAGUGUGAGUAAGCGUGAGAAAGCGCGUAGUGUUUUAGUUUUCAGCCAGUUCGUAGUCACUGACAUAGAUUCGGUGUUGCCGGUAAAGCAAACAUUCACAAGAUCAUUGUCGAACGCAACAAAUAACAGUUAGUGCAUGAUUUUAGCUAAACGCACACGAACAGUAGAAAGUGAAAUGAAGAUGCACCUAUUCGUGUCCUGUCUAGUGUUGAUCAGUGUGGUGUUGCAUUGUGGGCUGGCGGCAAGUGCGUCCACUGUGGGUCUCUAUGCACCAGAUCGCUAUGAUGGCAUACCGGAAACAUGUCUCUUGCCCAUGGACUUUGGCUACUGUCGGGCCAAAGUGAAGCGCUACUAUUUCGAUAUGCGUCGCAUGAAGUGCGCCAUGUUCUACUUUGGCGGCUGUGCGGGCAACGUCAACAACUUCAAAUCGUUGGAGGAAUGCAAUCGCGUAUGCCUGGACGGUUAUGGUGAUUAUGACAGCCCGAAUGAUGUGGUAGCCGUCAACAAGGCAAGCGGACGUGAUUACCGCGGUCGCGGCACUGUGAGCAGCAACAGCAGCAACAAAAACAACAAUUCUGGCAGUGGCAUUAGCAGCAGCAGCAGCAGUCGUGGCGUCAUCAGCAAUGUCGGCGGCAUUAAGAACAACACGUCCGCAACCAGUUAUGGUGGCAGUAUUGGCGCUCUUGAUGCCAGCUAUAAGAACAGCUACAACAAGUACAACAGCAACACAUACAACACCAACAGCAACAUCGGCAGCAAUGUUAAUGGCAAUAAUAGCGGUAUUAGCAGCAGCAGCGGUAGCGGCAGCUCUGCCGGCAGCGCUGUGAACAAUAACACAAAAAUCAUACGCAACCGAAGUGAUGACAAUCUCGAUGAAUAUGAUUACGAGGAGAAUUAAGUGUAUUACCAUAUUCGUUUGUGUUCAUAAUGGAAAUGAAAUACAAAGUAUGUAACUUCCUUCAUGCGCUACUGCCAAAUACUCCUAACCUAUAACUAUUACUAUUACUAUUUUUUCUUUGUAUACAAAUUAUGUUAUUUAUGUUACGCAUAUGCAAAUACUUAUUUAAAUUAACUUCAGUAUCUCUUCUUUUUGCACUGCGCAAAAAAUUUGAAAUAUUACCUAAUUUUGCGCACCAAACAAAAUAAGAAUAGAAAACGAAAUAAAAAAGUAUUAAAAAUAAAUCACUUUAGACUUUAACUUCAAAAAUUCUAAACAUACUACAUAAUAAAACAGAAUAUAUAAACGUUUACUGAAAAGUGUAGGCAUUUCAAGGUCUCUCCAGUAAAGCAGUAAAAAUUUGAUAUUUUUUUGUAAUUUAUGUUUGCGUUUUUAUAGUAAAAUUUUUUUCUUAGAAUUUGUAUAAUUAUUAAAAAAAAAUGUGUAUAACAAAGUAAUUUAAAAACCCAGAGAUCGGUUUUGAUAGGUAAUUCAUAUACAAGGAAAAUUUUUGAACUCAAAUUCGUAAUUAGCAUACCCCACAGACCACACAGUCGCAAAUUUUUCUUCAGAUUUCUUGAUUCUCCUGGUUCUUGAAUUCUCCUGAUACAAUACCCAAGCUCCAGAAAGGCUUUCCAAACAAGAUGCCUGGUUAGGAAGUUUUCUUCUGCUUUAAAUUAUAUAGAAUGUAAAAACUAAAAAAAUAUAUUAUUACACUAUGUAGACUAGUUUAUUGUGAAAAAAUUUACACUUCGGAGUGACUUAAAAAAAUAUUAUCAAAAAUCGUAUUCUAUUCGGAAAUUGUAAAUAAAACGCAAACUGUUUAAUUAUUCAUAACAA